CUCGAACCGCGCGGCUUUGUGAGGCCUUAUAAAAGGAAUAAGAGUGAAGCUAGAAAUUAGCAAUUGGAAACUCAAAGAUAUGGCUGACAAUGCUGAAGGCGAGAUUUCUGCUAAUAUUGAUUCAAUUUGUGCUUUAUGUGAUAAUGGUGGUGAAAUUGCAAGUUGUGAAGGCAAGUGCCUCAGAUCGUUUCAUGCAAUCAAGGAUACUGGUGAAGAUUGCCAAACCUUAGGCUACACGAGGCAUCAGUUUGACGCAUUGAAUAUUUUUCUAUGCAAGAAUUGUGAGCUUGAAAGAUAUCAAUGUUUUGCAUGCAUGAGGUUGGGUUCAGCUAAAACAGAUACUCCUGAGGUAUUUCCAUGUGCAUCUGCAAAUUGUGGUUAUUUCUAUCAUGCUAAAUGUGUUGCACAGUUACUCUUCUCUGAAAAUGAAGCCAAAGCACUGGAAUAUACAGCAAAGAUAGCCACUGGGGUAAAAUUUGCAUGCCCACUCCACAGAUGUGAUGUUUGCAAGUAUGGUGAAAACAAGGCUGAAAAGGAGCUACAGUUUGCUGUAUGUCGACGGUGUCCAAAGUCAUAUCAUAGAAGAUGCUUACCAAGGAAAAUUGCCUUCGAUGAUUUCAUUGACAAUGGCGUCUUUCAUUUCCAAAGGGCAUGGGAAGGCCUCCUUCCCAACAAUCGAAUAUUAAUAUAUUGCCUGAAGCAUGAUAUUGAUCCUAAACAUAGAACCCCAACAAGGGACCAUAUUAAAUUUCCUGACAAUCCUGCUGUCACAAGAAAACCCUUCAAUGUAAAUGGAAUGAACAAGAAGAUGGUUAAGAUACGACUUCUUGAGGAAUGUCCACCUGCCCCAUUCUCCAGUGAUAAAAUAUCAUUUGGUCAGGUGAAUCGUUCUUCCUCAAGUGAUUUGACAACAAAAAAGAGGAAAAUGCUUGUGCCUGGAGGUACAAAACAUUGUGAUCGUAUUGCUGUGGCUAGGGAAAAAACAUUAGUUACAUCAAAAAUACCCUUCAGCUCAUUCCCUGAUAUUGACACAAGCACUGAGAGGAGGAUUCAUGAGUUCGCACAAAAGGUGUCAUCUGAUAUAACCAUUGAGGAUAUACAAAAAAAGCUAGUGGUGCCAUCUACACACACACCAGUACCAAAGAAUACUGAAAAGAUUACAUUGGGAAUGGUGCAAAGAUCUGUCGAGGCUAUAAAUGCUGCUCUGCAUAUGUUGGAAAAUGGUGCAUCCAUAGAAGAUGUCAAAUCUGUAUGUGCACCUAGUGAUCUUUUCCAACUUGCAAGGUGGAAGAACAAACUGAAUAUAUAUCUCGCACCAUUUCUUCAUGGCAUGCGCUACACAUCUUAUGGGCGCCACUUCACCAAACUGGACAAACUCGAGCAGAUUGUAGAUAGGCUGCAAUGGUAUAUUGAAAGCGGUGACACGGUUGUUGACUUUUGCUGUGGUUCAAAUGAUUUUAGCUUAUUAUUGAAGGAAAAGCUUGAAGCUUCUGAAAAAAGUUGCGGCUACAAAAAUUAUGAUCUCAUUCAACCAAAGAAUGACUUCAAUUUUGAGAGGCGAGACUGGAUGACCGUUCAACCAGAUGAAUUGCCCACAGGAUGCCGAUUGAUCAUGGGACUGAAUCCUCCUUUUGGGUUUAAAGCUUCUCUUGCAAACCAGUUCAUUAAUAAAGCCCUCACUUUCAAGCCCAAGCUGAUCAUACUCAUUGUUCCCAAGGAAACAGAAAGGCUGGACAGGAAAUACCCACCAUAUGAGUUAAUAUGGGAGGAUUCUAAUCAACUUGCAGGAAAGGCGUUCUAUUUGCCUGGUUCGCUUGAUGCUGAUAACAAGAUUAUGGAACAAUGGAAUUUGUCACCACCUCCGCUUUCUCUAUGGAGCCGUAGUGACUGGGCUCGGAAACACAAGGAAAUAGCUAAAACAAUGGGGCACCUCAGCAAAAAUGUGAGCUUAGAUGAUACGGAGAUGGUAGAUACUGCAUCCGUUACAAAAACUGGGCAUGUGCAAAUGGGUAAUGAUCGGGAUGUGGACUUUAACAACGAAGAAAGACAAGAAGAGGGACCAGUAAAUGCCUCUGUUAUAGAUCAGUUGUUGUCUGACACAUACCAUGAUCCUACUAGUGCCCCAGGGGACUACUGGACAGAUACCGAUGGAAGAUCACGGCAGCCCUGCAACUACGAGGGAAGAAAUGAUCCAACCCAUAAGUAUCAUGCAGGCAUGGUUUGUGGAUCUGACAUGAGCAUUUCAUCAGCAGACAAAAGCGACUGUCAAAAAGAAACGGAAACCGUGUCAAAAUCGGAGCACAGGCAUGCUGGUUCACAAGCCCACGAUCUUGUUGGAAGUGCGCCUGCGGGUUUUGCGGAUUGCGAUGAGGUGACAUCAGCUGGUGUUGAGUACCAUAGGCUGGAAAAUUCACCAGUGACAGAGAGACAAGCAGAUGGCUCACAUUGUGGAAAGCAGGAUGAUUCGCCUGCUGCAAGCAAACAUGCAGCUGGAGUUCAAUAUCAGAUGCUGGAAGACACGCCACCUCUGGAUGAACUCGUACCUGGCAUUUCUGGGCAGCUGAUUGAUUCGUCGCCUGGAGGAGACAGGCUUUCAGCUGGUUUGCAAUACCAAAUGCUGGAAGACACACUGUCCAGAGGGGCACCUGAAGCUGGUACUGGUUGCAGACAGCUGGAUGAUACACUACAUGCACCUUCUGCUGCUGCUGGUGUUGAUGCAGUGGUUGCUAAUUAUCUGCCACAGACAACAAGUCAUUUCCCUGCACUUCCGUUCGCUCCUGCCCCCUUCCCCGGACUCCAGUUCGCUCCAAGAAAUGACUUGUGGCAUGGAUGGUAUCCCCCUCAAGAAGUUCUGACAAGAGGCACGGGCCAUCCAGCCUUCAUGCAGGGCUCGUCCUCCGGUUGGCUCGACGACUAGCGGUGCGACAUUAUCCAAGUUUAAAGAUCACUGACAGUUACUGUUAGCAGAGACUACUGUGCUCCAACCUGGCGAGGGAAGCUGAAUAUGUAGAAAGAAACACCAGAUUUGUUCUCUUGUCACGAGUCACCGUGUAGCCUCUGUAGUCUGUAGAUUACAGCUACUUGGGUCGUGCCUCGGCCUACUAACGUACAAGGUGCGUGCUUGUUUUGUUCUGCGGCUAGCUUUAGAAUACGCUGAUGCUACAUGCUGCUACUAAUUUGUUUUGGAGAGAGAAUCUUCAAGCCUCCUUGCCACCACCUGUUGAUGUUGCUACGU